UUUCAGAGUCAUUUCCGCUUUGUCGGUAUCAACAUAGUUGAGGCAUCUCGCGUUCGCUUGCACCGAUUGAGUUGUAAUAAAGGUGCACAGAGUUGCCGACAGCGUGGGUCACCAUGCCUGUGUUUCAUACGAAGACGAUAGAAAGUAUUUUGGAGCCGGUGGCACAACAGGUGUCUCGUCUGGUCAUCCUCCAUGAAGAAGCAGAAGAUGGCAAUGCUAUGCCAGACCUGGCACGGCCAGUGCAAGUGGUCAAGAUGGCUGUGGACAAUCUCGUUAAGGUUGGUUAUGACACUGUCAAUGUUAGUGAGGAUCAGAUUCUGAAACAAGACAUGCCGCCUGCUCUCCAGCGAGUGGAAGAGGCAUCGUUCCUUCUUCUUGAUGCUUCUGAUAUGUUGCGAGCAGACCCAUACUCAGCACCUGCCAGGAAAAAGUUGAUCGAGGGAUCAAGAGGAAUUCUCCAAGGGACAUCGGCUCUACUAUUGGCAUUUGAUGAGAGUGAGGUCCGAAAGAUAAUUCGUAUCUGCAAGAGUGUGCUGGAGUACCUGGCCAUUACUGAGGUGGUCGAUUGCAUGGAGGACCUAGUCAAAUUUGUCAAGAAUCUCAGUCCGGUGCUGACUAAGAUGGCCAAAGAAGUGGACCUGAGAGAGAAGGAACUGACCCAUCAGGUCCACAGAGAGAUGCUGGUCAGGUCUCUGGAAGAGGUCAAAGCCUUGACACCUGUCCUCAUCAGUGCUGUCAAAAUAUUUGUAUCCACUAAGAGCCAAGGUGCUGGUGGUGUAAAAGAAUCUCAAGGAAACAGAGAUUUUGUAGUUCGCAAGCUGUGUGAUGAAAUCAAUGAAAUAAUCCGUGUGCUGCAGCUGACCACAUAUGAUGAGGAUGAGUGGGAGGCAGAUGAUCUUGCUGUCAUGAAGAAAGCACAAAAUGCUAUUAGUGGGAAGAUGAAGCAGGCCUCUGACUGGUUGUUGGAUCCUUUUGGACCAGCAGGUGGUGCUGGUGAGCAGGCAAUCCACCAGAUGUUGGAGGAUGCCAUGAAGGUUGCUGACUGCUGUGCCAACCCAGAAGACAGAGAGGCCAUUGUAAAAGCUGUAGGUGACAUACAGUCAAUGGUGGAUGCUCUCUCUGAACUCAGGGCACAAGGAAAGGGAGAUACCCCUCAAGCAGUGUCACUGGCCAGAGGCAUCCAGCAGAAACUAGCAGAGCUUCAGCAGAAGGUCAACAAGGCCGUGGCCAAUCAGGAAAAGGCUGAAGUUCUCAAAAUGGCGCACACUGUGGAAUGGGGAGAAAAAGAUUCCAUAAUGAAAUUGAGGUUGUUUUAUCUUUUUACCUUCUGA